AUGUCACGGGACACUUUGCGUCGCUACGAUGAGUUCGGAAACGAGCGACCCUCGAUCACAGGACAUAUCAUUCCGAGAAUCCACGCCCCCGGCGCCAAUAGUGACAGUCCAUUGUCGACUCUCUCGCAUAUUCCAAUGGCACGCAUUCCACGAGUGAAUUUGGUCGGCUCGGGCAGUGUCCCGUAUGGACCCGAUGAUGGACAUCCACCCACUCCACCGCCAACUGAUCGCGGUGCAUUAAGUCAACAAUCGAGAUCGAGAAAGAGAACUCAAAGAAGUGCACUGAUUGUGGAUCCACUCAUCAAUGAGGCCACUUUAUUUCGAAUGGCGCUCUUUCGGAACCCAGCGCUUGGCUUUCAACGAUGCGCAUUCAUCAUUCAAAAAGUGCCAGCUUUGGUGUUGAUGUUUGUCUCAAGUUGGGUUCUCUGGGGUCGCGGGAUGGAGCAGAAAAGAUUCGGGAAUGAGAGUUCGGGGAGCAUAAUCGCUUUUGUGACUGGCGUUUUCAUCUUGGGAACAAUUCUUUUCGGCUCGCUCGAUCACAACAAUUCGUAUUUUCGAGCAAAAAUCAUGACAAAUCUACGUCACAUUUUCGUUCUCAUCGGCGGAUGUGCAUCGAUGAUUGUGUUGAUUUUGGCCGUCUCGACAAUUCAUCCACUAAAUCAAGAGAAAAAGAAAACAAAUCCCGCCAACUACACGACAUUUAUGGCCGACGGUUUCAAUUAUCAAGAAAGGAUUAACAAUCAGGCGGUUCUCAUCGGUGCUUCCGCUUUCAUCAUUUUCCUUUCAGUGAUCGCUCUUGUUUUAGGAAUUAUCGGCUUGAUGCAAAUGAAAAACAAGUUGAACGCCGAGAAAAGAAGACGUCGAAAUGUGGCCGCCUACGAAAAUCCAGUCAUUCAAUUU